AUUUGGUUCGGUUAAUUUGACCCAACAAUGACAAGGACGAGAAGAAUGAAGUACAAUGUCGACAGUUCUGAAGAUACAGACGAUUCAAGCGCUGAAAAUACUGUUCUUUCGGUUUCUAAGAUUGACAUUGUAAAAUAGACAGAAAUCGAUCACUGUUUCUUAUCCUAGUUUACCACUUAUCAGCAAUGUAAAUCUAUGUUAUGAAUAUGAAAAUGAUAUAGUUAUCAAUAAUUCUCGAAGAUAAUCGUUAUAUCCUGAUGAGAAUAAGGAAUGGUAACUGUUGGCAACCAUUUAUGGACUAAUACAAUACACAUGUUCAGUAACCAGAUUAUAUUCCUUCUAUUAUAAGCUUUAUUUCAAUCUGUAGACUAUUAGUAUACGACUUACCGUUCUUGAGUUAUACCCAGUCUAUUAAUUAAAGUCUCCCACAUUCACAAACAUAUUUUGGCUUGAUCUUGUACAAAUGUUUCCUAUUUUAUGAUAUGAUGUGGUCUGUUUGAUUGGUAUAUAAACCCAGUAUGCUUGAAAUACAUAUCACAGUGGUUGUAAUUGGUGUUCUGGACUCAACAGGAAUAAUUUUCAAUAAAGACUGCUCGUAUGGUUUUAUGCAUCAUUGGUCCAAUCAAUAAAUUACUGUUCUCUUAUUGGUGGUAUCAUUACGUCAUAGCGACACCAGGCCAACAGUUAUAAGAACAGUAAUGCUCGUCUAUUUCAAUUAAUCUUCAAAAACCUCCCAUUUAAAUAAUAAUAAACUAUUCAAUAGGAUCUAAUAUGAUGAACGAAUCAAGAAUAUCUUCAAGAACUAGUCAACAAAAUAAGAAAUUAUGUCAUCAUUUCAAUGAAAUACGAAAAGAUUAUUCAAUACAUGAUCUAACAGAUGAUGAUGAUGGUGAUGAUCAUAACUAUUAUAGCCAUCAUACAAUAUCUUAUUUAGAUGAUGAAUCUACUUCGAAACCAAUUCAUACCAACUCUUUUAGAAAAUCUAAUUUCUCUCAUUUCUUAUUACACAAGGCAUUAAAUCUUUCAAAAAAACUUAAAUAUUAUAUCAUGCAUAGUAUUACAUUAUUUCAUGAAGAUUUAUAUGGUUUAUCAUGGUCAGAAGCACAUGAUCGAUUACAAUCCACUUAUGGAAUAUCUAUUGAAACCAAUGUAAAUAUAUCAUCCAAGAACGGUAGAACAUUACGUCAUUUUAGUACAUCUGUAUUACCAAAUGAUUGCACUACUAUUACUACUAAUACUACUACUACUAAUACUGAUGCUAAUACUACCCCUAUGAAUAGAAUGUCACGUAGAUAUUCAUUACAAAAACAUUCAAGACUUUAUCAAUUAGAUAAACCAUAUUAUAUACAAUGUAAAUUCAUUGAACCAAAUAUAACUCUAUAUGAUAAUACAAUAAGUACUACAAACAACCCGAUGUGUAUUAAUCAUGAUUUGAAAAAGAAUAAUUUGCCAAAAAUAUCUUUUAUUAAAAUAAAAAAUCAAUAUCCAAUCGAUACAAUCAAUAAACAAUUCAUCAUUAAUGAUGAUCCAUUAUUAAUGAAUCAUUGUUGUCAUAGUAACAAUAAUGAUUUGAAUCCAUCAAAAUUUAAAGAGAAUAAUAAACAUAGAAUUGAAUAUAAAGAUUUAAAACACAUAGAAACGACAAAUAAUGUUUUAAAUUAUCAUCAUCAUAGAGAUUAUCAACCAUUCAAAGAUAUUAAACAUCGGUUGAUGCAUUUAAAAGAAAGACGACGAAAAACUUCCAUGGAAUUAGAAGUACUAAGUAAUGAUAAUAAUAGGCGAACUCAUAAAUCCUUAUCUAAUUGAUUGAUAUUCUAUGUAAAACCAUCAUGAUGAUGACGAUGAUUUGCAUGAUUCGGAUGACGACGAUGAUGAUGGUCAAACUCAUCUGAAUAUAUUGUACAGUGAUC